AUGGCAGACUUGCUCCUCCUAACCCUGCUUCCCUUGGCUCUCCUCUUCCUCCUCCUCCACCAUGCAUCGCCAAUCAAAGCCCUUCUCACGAGGGCCAAGUCGGUUUUGGCACCGGAGCUCUCCACGGAGAUCAAUGCCGUCGUGGGUGCGGACGCCGAGGAAGUCAGCGAGGUUGUUCUUGGGAAGCUGGAGUACCUGCACGCUGUGAUCAUGGAGGCACUCCGGCUGCAUCCGCCGACGUCUUUUGCGUUCAGGCAGGUGAUGGAAGAGGAUCAUGUGGUUCACAAUGGCCAGCGUAUUCCAGUGGGCACAAAAGUGUACUUCCCACUGGCUGCUAUAGCACGAGACAGGACAGCGUGGGAUAACCCUGACGAGUUCAAGCCACAACGGUUCCUGUCCUGCAAGGAUGCAUCCCAAGGAACCGACGGCACGAUCAAAAUGAUGCCUUUCGGCGGUGGUCGGAGGAUGUGCCCUGGUAGGGGUGUCGCAACGCUGCACUUAAGCUACUUCACCGCCAACCUUGUGAGGGAGUUCCGGUGGAGGGAGGGAGAAGGUGAGCUUGCUGUCGAUCUCCAGCCGCAUGUUGAGUUCUUCACUGUCAUGAAGCGGCCAUUGCGUGCUCACCUAGAGCUUGAAAGGACAGAGAUCAAAACUAGUUAAUUAGCUGGGCUGAUCAGUGUUUCUUGGUUGUACUGUGUUUGCUAAAUGCUAAUAACGAACCAUAUGAAUGUUUUUUGAGCGUCAGUCGAUUCCUCCCCCGUACGCACGCUAAGUGUCGAGCG